AAAAAAAAAAAAAAAAAAAAAACUUGGCUUGCCAGGCCAAUCAUUUCCUUCUCCAUAUCGAAGAGGAGGGAAUCCAAAUCCAGAUCGCCAACAAGAACAAGGAGAAGAAUGAUGGGUCGCCGGAGCGGCGGCAGCCUGGGGUGGGCUUCGUGCUGCCUGGGAUUCCUGCUCAAGUUGCUGGCCUUCCUCCAGGCCUUCGCCGCUGUCUCCGCCCUCCUGUACGCCGCAUGGAUCCUCUCCCGCUGGGCGCGCCACCACCAUCUCCACCUCCAGGACCUCCUCCCCGACCUCUGGUUUCCCUCCGCCGUCAUGGCGGCCGGCCUCUUCUACUGCCUCCUCCUCCUGGCGGGGUACCUUGCUGCCGAGAUCAACACCGGGUGCUGCCUGUGCUUUUACACCAUCCCGGCUAUGGCCAUGAUGCUGCUCGAAGCAGCUCUCGCCGCCCAUCUCAUGCUUAACCAGCACUGGAUCCAGGAUCUUCCAUAUGACCGCACCGGAGAACUCGACAACUUUCUUUCCUUCCUUCAUAACAAUCUCGACCUAUGCAAAUGGGCUGCUCUUGCCAUUUUCACUACGCAGGCACUCUCACUUUUCUUGGCGAUGAUUUUACGAGCCACGGUUUCAGCCCGGAGUGUUCACUAUGACAGCGAUGAGGACUUUGUGGUCAUUAGGAGGCCACUCCUGGUUGCGCAAGCUCCCCGAUCUUAUCUUCCAACCACCGUCGAUGCUAGAGGUUUCCGUCCAGACCUCUGGAGCUCGAGAAUGAGACAGAAGUAUGGGCUGGACUCAAGUGACUACACCUACGACACAUUGGAUCCAAAUGCACCAUGACCUCAGUGAGCGGUCACGCGAUAGAUGAAGAAGCAUGCGUUUGUUCCAAGCACCUCGUAUGUACAGACAUCGUAUCUUGUAAUCAUCCGUGGUGUAUUGUUAGUGUAUGCAUAUUAAAUAGUUAUUUUCCAAUUUGUGUUUUCUUGAUUACACCUUGUUGAUCUUUCAUUGCACUAUACUGUCACCUUUUGGUAUCUGUAUAUUUGUGGUGAUGUGGGGUGUUAAUGUGGGAGCUGUGGAUCUGUACAGUUUUUCAUAAAUACAUUGUGUGUUGGUUCAUGGAGUA